AUGGACGAAGCAGCCCCCGCGGCACCCGCCCGCUAUGCCGUCACCAUGUUUGUUGCCCUCGCGGGCGGCAUCAUCUAUAUUCUCAUGAAGGCCUACCGCGCUCGCAAAAUCGUCAAUGACUUGCGCAAGCAGGGUUAUGCAAUGCCCAAGUUCAAUUGGAUUACGGGACACAUGCUCGCAAUCAAGCCGUUUGUUGAUAAGCUACCGCCGGAUGCAAUUACAAAUUAUAUCAUGACAACCAUGGCUUUCGCAAUGAAGAAGAACGCAUUCUACCUGGACUUUUGGCCGCUCAGCGACCCGAUUCUCGUCGUGACGAGCCCGCAGCUUGCCUCACAAUUGACGCAGGAGUUCAACCCCCUAAAACCAGGCAACAUCAACUCGGCCUUUGCUCACCUCUGUGGAGGGCCGAAUCUCUUCACCAUGCCCGAUGGGCCAUGGAAAAGGUGGAGGGCCAUCUUCAAUCCCGGGUUCAGCCCGACGUACAUGCUGGAUCAGACGCCGAAGAUUGUCGACCAAUGCCGUAUUUUCUGCGACAAGAUGCGUCAGCGGGUUCGCGCAGGCGAGAUGUUCCCGCUGGAGGAAGAUACACUGCGUCUGACGCUAGACGUAAUCGGCAUUGUCUCCAUGGACACGGAUUUCAACUACCAGCACGGAGACUCCGACAUACCCAAGAGCCUCCGAGGCCUGAUCGAGUGGGUGUCCUUCGGCACGGAGAUGAACCCAUUCAACCGCUGGACGCCACGACGCCCCUUCAUGAUAUCGUACUACGGCCGCAAAGUCGACAAGUUCAUCGACAAAGAGCUCCAAAAGCGCUACGCCGAGCGCAAGACCUCCCUCGAAGAAGAAGACCAGAAGCAACAACAGCCGCGAUCCAAAAAGGCCAAAUCCAUCGUCGCCCUCGCCCUCGACGCCUACGCCGCCGAGACCCAGAGCGACGCGCUCGACAGCACCUUCCUCCACUACGCGCGCUCGCAGAUCCGCCUCUUCCUCUUCGCCGGCCACGACACGACGUCCAGCGCCAUGAUCUACGUCUUCCACUACCUGUCGCUCCACCCGCCUUGCCUCGCCCGCCUGCGCGCCGAGCACGACGCCGUCCUAGGCGCGGACCCCUCCGCCGCCGGCGCCGUGCUAUCAGCGCAACCCACGCUGCUCAACCAGCUGCCCUACACGACCGCCUGCAUCCGCGAAGCCCUGCGCCUCUUCCCGCCUGCGUCGUCGCUGCGCGUCGGCGGGGUGAAUACGGUGCUGGUGGAUGAGGACGGCACGCGCUACCCGACGGCCGGCUGCAACGUGUGGGCGCUGCACCUGGCCCUGCAGCGCAACCCGGCCGUGUGGGGCGCCACGGCCGACCAGUUCCUGCCGGAGCGUUGGCUGGCGGGGCCAGACGACCCGCUGCACCCGCCGAAGGGCGCGUGGCGGCCGUUUGAGUUCGGGCCGCGGAAUUGCAUCGGGCAGACGCUGGCGAUGAGCGAGAUGAAGAUCGUGCUGGCGAUGACGGCGAGGGAGUUUGAGUUUAGGGACGCGUAUGAGGAGUGGGAUCGGCUGCAUCCGUCGAAGCAUAUUAAGACGGCGUUGGGGGAUCGCGCGUAUCAGGUUGAGGGCGGGGGCGGUGGGUCGCAUGCUGCGAAUAGGUAUCCGUGUAGAGUGUACUUCGCUGGUGAGAGGCGUUAG